UACCGCGUGGACUCAAUGUUUCGCCGAAAGCCACCGCUUCCGACGAGACCGACUCCGCCUACAUUCGAAGCGAUACAGGAGGACUUGAGCAAUGCUUCCGAAGACGUCGUGUUUACGCUUCUACCGGACGGCAGCAACCUGGAUGCGGCCACCGACGGUGCUGUUGCCUCCACGGACGAAAGCGACGGGCCUAUGACGGCCGACGCUGCUUUUCUGAAAGUAAAACAUUUUAUGGAAAUGAGCGACAAGAUCGCUGGCCUUGCGGAAGUCCUGCAGAAGAAAACAGAGCACCUCAAGACGGUGAGAGACGAUUUGCACAACGAGAUUGAAAGGGUAAAAAACUCUUUACAAAAUGUAAAACCUUAGUUUUUGCUAUUGCUAUUGUCAUUACAUCAGUCCGGCGUUGUUUUCUUGCUU